GUCGAGCCAGAGUCAAGACACGUCGUCCACCCGCGCGCCGAACGCGGUACUUAUGCUCCCGAACACAUACAUAUAGACGCAGCACCUUUACAAGCUUAGAACACUACGAAAGAAAUGUCGACAAGCAAUUCCAACCUAGCCGUUCACCAUCGCACUGGAAGCGACAGCGCCAGCUCCUCCGUCUUCGAUCUUCCCAUCCAAAGCAAUGUUCCUGGGCUUUCACAAAACCCCUCUCAGACGACAGUCAACAUCGCCUCUCCGUCCCUUCCAUCCCAUCGCUCGACUUCUUUUGUCGUCAUCUCAGGCGGCACAGGCGGCAAUGCCAUCUGCUCUGCGUUCGCACAGAGUCAGACCAGUCACGUUCUUCCCGUCUCUGACGACGGCGGCUCAAGCAGCGAGAUCAUACGUGUCCUAGGAGGACCGUCUAUAGGUGACAUCCGCUCGCGCCUCGUGCGCCUCAUUCCUGCCUGCCCGCCAGGCUCGCCCCUGGAUGCGAUCCGGAAUCUGCUCUCCUAUCGGCUGCCCACGACGCUUACCGAGCGCGAGGCAAGGGAUCAGUGGCGGGACAUCGUGGAGGGGAGCAGCGACCUGUGGAAUGGCAUCCCAGGUGACCGCAAGGAGACGAUUCGAGGCUUCCUUGUGUACUUCGAGUCGGAGCUGCUGCGCCGUGCGCAGAAGAAGUUCAGCUUCGUGAACGGCAGUAUAGGGAAUUACUUCCUGGCCGCCGCCCAGAACUUCUUCCGCUCCCUGCCUUCUGCCAUCUUUCUGUUCUCGUCGAUAACGAACAGUAGCGCUUCGCCGAACGUUCUCCUGCCUGCGAUCGUUACGAAUCAUACGGUCACCAUUGCCGCGGAGCUUGACAAUGGUGCAAAGCUGGUAGGGCAAUGCGAGAUAUCGCAUCCUGUUCAGCCGUCUUUCGACAUGCCCCGAUUCACUGUCACGAACCCAGAAAACACCGAUGAAGAUGAAGAUGGGAUACAGGCAGGCCAAUUCAGUCAGAACAACGCUAAGUUCGACCACCAGGCCGGCAAGGAGGAGUAUCAGCCUUUGGGAGCUCGCAUAUCUAGGCUGUACUACAUCAACGCAUACGGUAUGGAGAUCCAUCCGUCACCAAAUACAGAGUACAUCAGUAGCCUGAACCGGGCUGACUGUCUGGUCUACUCGUGCGGAUCCUUAUGGACGAGUAUUAUGCCUUGCCUUGCCUUGCGAGGCGUAGCGUCGGCAAUCGCCCGCUCCCGCUCCCUCCGAGCGAAGGUUCUUCUACUGAAUUCGAAGAACGAUCGCGAGACGGAUGGAUAUAGCGCAGUGGACUACGUGCUGGCCAUCGCGAAUACGUUGAACACGCAGUAUAGCCCGGGAAGCUAUAGCGGCCUUGGGAAUGUGGCGACGAGAUAUCCCGUCUCUGCGUUCAUCACGGACCUGGUGUAUUUGAAGGAGGCGCAGGUCGAUGUGGAUGUUGCCGCGAUCACCUCCUUGGGUGUCCGUUGUACGCCCAUCGAGGGUGCUUCGUUCAGCGCAGACUCGGUGAGCGCCGCGAUAGAUAAGAUCCUGCGCAUUGAGUAGCCGGUCUCGAUCGCCGGUGGCUGAGGCGCGCGCUCAUCAUGCGCCCCUCCAUAUCAGGGGAAGCUUGGGCGAGGCCACUUCUCUCAGCGCGUCGUCAUCGGGCAGGGGUGGGAUUUGGGUGUAGUUGGCUGCCCCGUGGGAUCUAGUCGCGCGCUAUCUAGCGAUGAUGUACUUGAUGCAGAUUUUACAUACACUCUAUCCAGCAUGACGGCGGGAUUCUCGGCCGCGCGCAGUCUUACUUCUCGCUCUCAUCUCGAGGUCGUCCGCGGGCGAUGGGCGAAGCGAAUGGGCCUCGGUACACUGCGCAGGGGAUAGUGGAUUGCAGUCUGUUGUGUUCGUUGAUCGUGUGUGGGGGACGAGCUGAGACAUUUAUGCAGGGCGCGACGAUGCGCGGAGGGAUUCCAUGUCCGAGGACGGGUCCCCUCAGCAUUCCCCUUGGCC